UGUAGGAUGUUGGUAUUCUACUUUGCAAGAAGAAACCAAUACAUAAAACAAAAAUUGUGAUAGGGGUAAAUUUUAAAUAAUCGUACAUGAACAAUCAAAACUGUCUAACAAAUUUUGUAAUCAAACAUUUUACAAAGAUUCUAAGGAAAACCUAGAAAACCCAAUUAAAAUUUGUUGUAAUUACAAUCACACACAACAAUUAUAAAUCUUGUUUUUCAUUCUUUGAAGUGGUUGUUUUUAAGUUGAGAUCAUUUCAAACCUCAUUUUGAUUAAAAUAUAAUGCAACAUCCAUUUACAAUUAGCAUGCAUCACAUGAACAAAUGAUUCUGUUGCCAAUGACGACUUUUUGUACUUACAAUUGUGCACCCAUGAGUCAAUUUUUUGCAAGCAUAUUCAAAAGUUACAUUAAGACAAGAAAAACAAAAACACUAAUUUGGAGCAUAUAAAAUUUCAACAAAAGAAACCUAAUCUUUUUUUUUCGAUUCAUUUCGAACUUUGGAAAAUGCACUAAUUGAAAGAAAAUAAAUAAAUAAACAAUAGAAUUAUAUUCCUUUGUAUGUAAAAAGUAGUUGAAUCUUUCUUUUCUUUGCUCUUUAGAAAAAUUUGAUAAAAAUGGCUUUAGCUUCUCUUAUACCACAUCAUGUUUUUGGAGUGCGGUCUACGUUGAAAAAUUCAUUGUUUUUUGUGGAUGAGACUACGGUGGCCUAUCCAGCAGGCCACAAUUUGGUAUUUUGGAACCUUGACACGAGAACACAAAAGAUAAUAUCUGGGUCUCCGGAGAUGGAGGGCAUAUCGGCAAUUGCCUUGAGCCCCAAUAAGAAACAAAUUGCCAUUGCAGAGCGAGUGUAUGCAUCUGAGCGGAUGAUUCGCGUCGCAAGUCCAACCACGCAAGACCCUAAACCUACACCUCCACCUCCACCAGAACAAAGAUAUCCCAUGAUAAGCAUAUAUGAUACUGUGAGCUUGAGGAAGAAGAAGGUUCUAAGCAGCACAGACAUUGGUUCAAAAGAAUAUGUAUCCAUAACUUAUACAUCUGACACAAGGAUGAUUGCUGCUCAAGGUGGAGGACCAGAAUGGAAUCUUGUGACAUGGAGCAUUGACAAACAAAAGAUAAUUGCAUCUGUUAAAGUUUCACCACAUGGGGCUGAAGCUCACCAAGUUCUAUGUUGUCCUCAAAAUCCGGCUUUGAUUACAAGUAUUGGAGUUGGAUUUGCGCGAACUUUCAAAGCAACAGAAACACAAAUACGACCAGUUUCUACAGGAGUGAGUAAGAAAGAUGGUGCAACAUUUGUAUGUCAUGUGUGGCUUGAAGAGAAAAAAAGUGGUGAUGAAGACAAUGAAGCCUUGGAACGAGAGAGCAUUGAACAACAAAAAGAUGGCACUUGUAUCUAUGCAAUUGAUUCGGGAGAGAUUUUAUUAGUUGAUGGGGGUGAGAUUGUGAAUACCAUUGGCACAAGUGUGGAUGCACUUGGAAUAGUAGAGGCUAUUGUUCAAUAUUCCAAAGGAUUCAUUUGUGGUGAAAGGAUGGGAGUUGUUAGCUUAUAUGAGAAAGCAGAAUCUGGAGAAUUUCAUUAUAAAAAGACUAAUCAAAUAAAAAUGGAAAAUGAGGGGGUGAAAGUUUCUAGUUUGGCAAUGUCUCCUAAUGAAGAUUGGUUGGUGUGUAUAAUGGAAAAUGGUCAAUUGAUUUCAUUUCCAUUUCAAAAUUUGGAUAUGGUAAAACCCAAUGAAGUUCCAAAAGACAUAAUUGUUCAAGCAUUUCACACAAGUACAAUAACAGGAAUGGAUAUGUGCACAAGAAAACCCCUGAUUGCAACAUCUAGUUUAGACAAGACUGUGAAAAUAUGGAACUACAUCACCAAAACACUUGAACUAGUUGGAGUUUAUCCUGAAGAUGCACUUUCAAUAGCAAUGCAUCCUAAUGGUCUUCAUGUACUUGUGGGUUUUGCGGACAAACUCCGGUUUAUGAAUCUACUAAUGGAUGAUUUAAAAACAAUAAAAGAGUUCAACGUGAAGGGUUGUAAUGAAUGUUGUUUUAGCACUGGUGGUCAAUAUUUUGCUGCGGUGCAUAGUAAUGCUGUACAUGUCUUUGAGACAUACACAUGUAAUAAUAUUGGAAAUUUACGUGCUCAUAGUGGAAAAGUUCGAAGCUUGGCUUGGUCUUUUGAUGAUUGUUUUCUAUUGACCGCGGGGGUUGAUGGAGCCAUAUAUGAAUGGGAGUUAAAAACAUUGAAAAGGGUGCGUGAAAAUGUGAUAAAAGGAUGCCAGUAUUCAGGAGUGGUAUCUGUUCGAGACUCCAAAACAUUUUUUGCUGUGGGCUCUGAUAGAAAAUUGAAAGAACUUGAUGAUGCCCUUCUUGUUCGGAGUUACACAAGUGCAGUAGCAUUGACUCAAAUUAAACUUCCUUUCGCAAGUCGUCUGUUAUUUGCUGGAACAGAUGUUGGCAGCGUACGUGCCUAUAAAUUUCCAUUAUCUGGUGAUUACUAUGAAGUAAGGGCAUUGACGGGUGCCAUCACACGUCUAUCAGUGAGUGUGGACGGCAAUAUACUUGCGUGUGCAGGUGAGGAUGGUAGCAUUGUGUUAUUUGAUAUCCACAACAAAGAAAGAAGUGUUGUUUCUAGUGCAAGAAAAGAUAAAGAUGCUCUUGGUUGGGCUAAAGAAGUGUUGAUUUAUAAAGCGGACAUGGAAGAAAUGCAUCAAACUUGUCAAGAUUUGGAGUCAAAAGUUGUGCAAAUUUCAACUUAUUGUGAUUAUCAACUCAAGAUAAAAGACCAAGAUUUUAAUGACUGGAUUAAAGAGUCAAAUGAACAACAUCAACAUGAAUUAGAAGCCAGUCGAAUUAAAUUACAAACAAUGUUGCAACAAAAGGCAGAAGAUGAACUUGAACAAGAAAAAAAACUGCUACUAAUUGAAGAGCAACAUGCACAAGUAUUGCAAGAUGUGGAGGCUCAGUUUCAUAAAAGAAUGUUGGCAGAAGUAGAAAGAUAUCAGGCACUGGAACAAGAAAAAAUACUCUCCGAUGCAAAAUGGCAAGAUGAAAUAACAGUUGCAUAUCGUACAAAUGAAAAAGCAAUGCAGGAUCUCAUUGAAGCUUAUGAAGAUAAACUUGAUGGAGAAAAGGAAGCAUAUCAACAAUUAAAAAAAGAUAAAGAACAAUCUUACCUUGAUUUUGCAGAAGUACGCAGACAACAUGAAUUUGACCAAGACCAAGAAUUAGAAGAAAUUAAAGCUAGCUUUGAAGUAAAACUUUCUGCAGAAAAAGAUACACUGUUGCGUAUUAAAGGAGAAAAUGGUAUUCUGAACAAAAAAAUGAGUGAAUUUUCAAAGGAUAUUGAAAUACAACGCGAGGAACUAAAACUUUUGUUUCAUCAAAAAAAAGAGCUAUACAAAAUAAUUGGGAUAUUUGAGCGUGAUAUGAUAGCAUUAAGAAAGGAUAUUGAAGAAAGAAACGAAACAAUCACUGAAAAAGAAAGAAGGAUUUAUGACUUAAAACGAAAAAAUCAAGAACUUGAGAAAUUUAAAUUUGUAUUAGAUUACAAAAUAAAAGACUUGAAACAACAAAUUGGACCUCGUGAAGUAGAACUUCAAGACACAAGAGACAUUAUACAAAAGAUGGAAAAAGAAUUACAAAGAACCCAUAAAUCCUUGGAAGCACGUGGAUUUCAAUUGGCAGAGAUGAAGUUGCUUGUGGAAGGAGCUAAGAAAGAUCAAAAUAUUAUGCGUCAAAAGAUUGCUGAUGAUGGGGCCAUGUUGACAAGUUUCCAAAGCGAUUUCUGCCGACUUACUGAAACUGCUGAUAAUGCACGAGAGGCUAAGGAAAUGAUAAAAAGGAUGUAUGAGAAAUAUAUCCAGAAUAAAUUUACACCGAAGGAGCUUGAUAAUAAUAUAUUGAAUGAGUAUGCCCGCCAACGCAUGUUUCUAGAAAGAAAGGUGGAUAAUCUUUCAAAGAAGCUAUUUCAACAAAAGGAAAUAUACAAAGAACAACAUGCCCAAAUAUUAGAACAAAACAAUGUUUUAAUCAAAGCAUAUCAUGAAUUACAAGAAAGAACCAAAGGAAAACAUUUUGAUAAAUCACAAGAUGAUUUGACCUCCAAAUCCAAUUCACUAACCCAAAUUCUAACACAAGAAAUUCCAAGCAUGAAAAACAGUGAUAUUGAAAAGUUACAAGAUUAUGUUAAAAAUCUUGAACAAACCAUUGAUGCUCAAGCUAAAAGAAUACAAAGUCUUGAAGAUAUGUUAGACAAAUCAGAAAAAAUUGAACCAAGGCCUCAAUCGAAGCAAAAAUUGCCAUCCUUAGAUCUGUAGUGAAUUACUGUUGAUAACAGCAAUAGUAAAAUUUUCAUGCGUUUAUUUCCAUAUGUUUUAUAUUUUGAAAAAAUAGUAUUUUUUUGUAUUUUUUAUUAAGUAGGCAUGACUAUAUAUAUAUAUAUAUAUACAAGAGAAGUCUUAGCUGUUGGAUAAUAGUAUCUUCAUUCAAUUUUAAGUCUUAGAGCAUAGUUUAGAUCAAUUUUUUUCUGAAAGUUUCUCAUAAAUUUAAUUACUAAAAGAUUCUCAUGUAUUGGUAUAUACUUCUAACAUAGGAAAAUACUUAAUUUUUUUAAAAUUU